AUGUUCAAUUGGACCAGGCAAAGAUCAAGAUCGAGGAAUCAAAAUGUUAUUGAGUUUUCAGAUGAGGAAAAGGCGAAAUUUGAAACAGCGAAAAAAUCACGUAAGAACUUCCGAACCUAAAAAUUAAAAAAAAACUCUUCAGAUAUCUCUACAAAAUGUCCGAUUCCUAUAGAACAAUAUAUGAAAACAGUCUCGAGAUUUUCAAAAACUUGUGGAGUUUUUUGUGUAAGCCAAAAAAUCUUCCUAUAUUUCCCAUAAAUUCUGAAAUUUACAGUUUGAGAAGGCGUUUUCAUUCAUCUCCGAUUAUAAAGCCGCACAUUUUGGUCCACCAAUAUCACCAUCCAAUCCAUACAUCUUAAUCCUGAAUAUUCUGGAGCAGUUAGCAAAUUGUGAUAGGAAAUAUUAUAUUUUAUCAUAUCUGGAGCAAAAUGAUGUCACAAAAACAAAACCACUCAGAUUGUCAUAUGCUUCAUUGUUGUAAGAGAAUUUUUUUUUUGAAAACAUUUAUGAUAGAAAUGGUUUUUCUUCAGAAAAUCAACAAAUAUAUUGCACAAAGGUUUUCUUGAGAUCAAAUUUUGGGUGAUCGUCAGAUUGCUGCGAGAAAUUCAGGGAUACAUCAAGGCACGGAUAUGUGCCAUCAAUUUGUAUAAAUAUAUGGCUUUUGUAGGUUAGUUGAGUUGGAGCUCAAAAAAUCUAGAUGAAACCCAAGAUUUUUUAGCCAACGAUUGUGAUAUUGAAUGGAAAGAGAUUACUGAAAGAGGACAUUCGAUUAUCGAGUUUUUGUUACACGGUAUGUUGAUUUUUAUUAGAUUUUGAAAAUUAUUGGGAUAUUUUUACAAGUAAACAUUGUUUCAGAGCAAGUUUCAGAAAAAAAUCGACCUCAAAAAUGAUUAUAAAAAUAUAUUUCACAAUUUUGUACUGAAUCAAAUGUGAUAAUAAUUUUCUGAAACUUAAUUUGUUCGUACGAACAAAUUUUUCAAAAGUGAACCAACUUAUCUAAUUUUGGAGCUCUGGCUCACAGAACUUUCACUGAAUCUUUCUGAAAUUCUGAUCUAAAGCCUAAACGUUCUAAAAAUUUCGAAAAAAUUAAUCACUUGACUUUUGAGAAAAUUUUUCAGCGAAAGCCUCUAGAUCUAGUUGCCUAAAAAAUUUAUCAGAAAUUAAUCCGGUUCGAAAACAAAUUACUUUUCCAGAUUGUCAAAAAUCAACCACAAACAACGAUGAUUAUUGGGAUACUGACAGUGAUGUGGAGCAUCUAAAUUCAACUCUCGAAUUUCUACCAAUUCAAGAAGUGAUUUUUGACGAAGAAAAUGAUCUGAAUGAACGGCGAGAAAAACGACAAGAAGAAAAACGAAGACUUCAAUUGCUAAACAUUUUGGAAAAACAGAAACAAUCAUUUUUGACUGAAACCAGAAAACAAUCUGCUAAAAGUGACAAAAACAAGGAAAGAAAGAAAUUGGAGCCAAGGAGAAAGGUGUAUAUUUGUGAACCUUCGUGUUCGGAACCUUCAAAAAACCAUCGAGAAACCACCAAUUUUCACAAUCGGUGGUAGUAGUGGAAGUAGUUCUGGAUCUGGGUCAACCAUUAGAUCUUAUAGUUCAAACGAGUCUGUGAAUUCUGAAGAGCAGAAAAAGCCGAUCAAAAAGUCAUCUAUGAAAAGUGUAUCAAGUGUUGGAUCAGCAUCAAGAGUAACUUUUAGUUCGGCGAGUUCGAGUUCAUCUAUAUCGAGUUUUUAUGAUAGCCAAUCUUCGGAAUCUACAUCUUCUGAUUGUGAAUCAUCGAUUUCUACUGAAAAUAAUAAAACACCACAGAACAAUGUUGAGAAGAAGGAAAGAAUAUCUGACGAAAAACAUCCAAAAAUACAUCUGAAGAAUUCUUAUAUUCAUCGAGUUAUUGAUAGUUUUGAAAAAAAUGAGGAUUUAUCAAAACUCUCUCUUGCUGAGCUUCAGGAGAAAUUUGAAAUUGAUUUGGAUUUAAUGAGUUGUGAAAAAGAGAAAUUCGAAAUACCAAAGAGAAAAAAACAAAUGUCAAAAACUGAAAAAUCGAUGAGAGAAGAAGCAGAGAUCGAGAGAGAAGAGGUUAUUUGGUUCAAGGAAUCUAUCGAGAAAAAAAUCAGACUCAUAGAUCGAGAGGCGAGUAAAAAGAGCAUCUCAUGGUGGAAAAAGUUGGGAGAAGAUAUUGAAACCCUUGGAAAAAUCAAAACUAUGCCGGAUAAUUCGGCUGAGGAGUGUGCGGCAAGGUUUUUAAGGCAGGAAAAAUAUCUGGGAUUUGAAGGCGUUAGUAAAAAUAUUGCGGAUGAUGCAAGUCUCUCCACUUUUUAUCGAAAUGAAAAUGAGAAAUCUAAAAUGAAGAUUGAGAUGAAGAAGAGGAUCUUGGAGCAAAGAAAAAGUGCAUCUGGAAAUAAAAAACAAAAAACUGAAAACGAUUUGGAAAAUGAAAAAGUGAAGGUGAAUGAUACAAAAGAAGGUGCAUGUUACAUUGAAUCCUCAGAUGACGAAGAUUCAGAAAAUGAGAAAAAAUCAUAUGUUCUGCAAAAUAUGAGAAAACUAUUUUCCCAUGAGAUAUAUACACUUAUGCUCAUUUUUGAAACACAAUACAAUAUGGCUGCAGGAAAUGUGAGUUGAUUUUUAAAUUUUGGGAAACCUUAUGUAUAUUCAAAAUUUUUCAGAUGGUCCGAUGUGUUGGCUACAUGAAUCAAUUGUCAUUUCAAUUCGAAUUUCUAUCAAGUGAACUUGAAGCAAUUGAGCAUCAGCCGGAAAAGUUUUUCAGUUUUAAGAAGGAAGCUUUGAAGCCAAGGAAUAAUUUGAUACAUUGGUUUAUGCAUGUUUAUCAAUUGUUACAGGCGAAAUUAUGUUUGUAUGCGACUGAUGUUUUUGGACCAUCUUGUUUAACUUUGAAAGAUUAUACGGUGAGUCUAGAGUCUUAAUGAGAGUCUCGUGCUAAAGCUUGAAGCUAGAGCUCGAAGCUAAAGCUCGAAGCUAGAGCCUAAAGCUAGAGCCUAAAGCUAGAGCCUAAAGCUAGAGCCUAAAGCUAGAUCAUCAAACCUAAGAGAUCCAUAAGUCUAGAGUUUGAAACCUCUCAUAAAAAAUUCCAAAAUUUCAGAACAUUCAAAAAAUCGAUAAUGGCUUCAACUUUGUCGAAAGAUGUGUUGAAUUCACACAAAUCAGUCAAGCAUUUUUCCUGUGUAUUUGUGUUGGCGGCCGACAAAGAAUCUCGGAAAAAGAUGGCAAUUUUGAAUCUUGUAUGGUCCUACCAGAAUAUGGAAAAACAACAUAUGACGUGGAAAUGCAAUAUGAAAAACUGUUGGAGGAGGAAAAAUCGAAUCAGGCUGCGGAAUUGCGGAAAAUCACUAGAAAACGAGUUAUAAAACCGAUGAGAGCUUUGAUAAAAAUUCAUGAUUUGGGAGAGAUUUAUGAUCUACCAUUGGUAGAAGCCAGGAAAAUCAUAGAAGAUUGUUCAAGAUUAUCAUAUGUGGAGAAAGAAUUUUUGAGAAAUAAUCUUCAAUACCUACAAUCAAGAGAAUCACGAGAUAAAGGGGAACCUGCUGAACCUCAAUCAAAAAUCGAAAAAGAAAAUUUGGUUCCAAUUAUUUUCCGAAUCCCUUCACCCCUGAACUCUGAACAUAAUGGAAUUGCGAUGGUGAAAUCGGAAAAUUCCAACCAUGCAUUUCAAUUAACUUCAGUUUUUGUGCAACAACAUCUACAUCCAAAGUGCUUAUUAUAUAAUGAGGAAAAUUCGAUUGACAGGAAGCCUUAUAGAUUUGUUCAUUAUGACAGUGAUACAAAUAAGGUUUGUUAAUUUUCAAAUGAGUAUAUGAAGGCUGGAGAGAAGUUAGCGCAUCUUCACCCAGAAUCUCUAAUUUUUCAGACAUAUUUUGGAGAAUCAAUAGAACGUGAUCUAUACAUGGUUAUAAUAUUCAGUGGUCGAGUUCGAAAAUGGGAACGCCAUAUUAUUGAUUUUCUAAAUGAUAUACUUCCCGAAAUUCGUUGCUCAAAUUCUUUGAAAUUGUUAUCGCAUGCUGCAAACAAUCCUGAAUUAGGGGGUCGAGGUCGAGUUGGAAAAACUGAACAGAAAUGA